UAAAAUAGAUUAAUAAUUAUUUUAUAAAAAUGGAUAUUGAUCAAAUGCAAGAUCAAAAUGGUUUAAGAGUCGAUGGAAGACGACCACAUGAACUCCGACAAAUUAAUGUCCGAUUAGGAGUUUUUGGCCAAGCUGAUGGAAGUGCUUACAUAGAACAAGGAAAUACAAAAGUACUUGCAACAGUUUAUGGCCCACAUCAGCCACGAGGAGCUUCAGCUAGAAGUACAGUAAUGAAGUCCACUAAAGGAAUUAUUAAUUGUCAAUAUAGUAUGGCUGUAUUUUGUCCGAGUUCUGGAGACAGAAAAAAAAGACCAAGGGGUGAUAAAAAGACACAAGAAAGAUCUAUCCAUUUAAGACACGCCUUAGAAGCUAUUUUAAAUCUUGAAAAAUUUCCUCGUUCACAAAUUGACGUUUUCAUAGAAGUUCUUCAAGCCGAUGGAAGUGAUUAUUGUGUUUCAAUAAAUGCGGCUACACUUGCGUUAAUCGAUGCUGGAAUCCCGAUUAAAGAUUUCGCUAUCGGAUGUACUGUAUCCCUGCAAGAUUCAUCAUCAACUUUCAAUGAAGAGGAAACGAAUGAAAUGGGAAUUUUAGAUGUUAACCAUUUAGAAGAAACUGGACCAGGUUUUACUUUAUCAGUAGUAGUUUUACCAGAAACUGUUGAUGAAUUAACUAAAGAACCAGGUAUUAUAUUGGUAACUCAAGGAUCAGGUCAACGAUUACAUUUAUCAAGAUUAAAAGCAAUGCAACUGCGUGCGCUAAAUGGAUGUAAAAAUAUUAAAAGUAUUUUGGAGCAAAUCGUACAACAACAUCUUGCUACGAAUGCUCUACCGUCAUUAUAUAAUACACAUACUGUGGAAUAAAAAUUCUAAAUAGUUCAAAAAUAUAUAAUAAUAAAAUGUAAAUAUAUAUUUUUUAAGUCAGCUUACAAAAUUUAAUAUCAGAUAGCCUAAGAAAAUAUGUGUUAAUAUAGUGGAAAUUUUCGUACAAUU